AUGUCCAUUCCCUUUUCCCAAUUCCCCGCCACGCCCUUGACUGUGAACUGGCGAGUGGAACAGGACGGACUCGUGAAGGACGGGAACCGAGAAAUACCUAUCUUUCUCCCUGGUCUUACUCUCCAUGCGUUGUCCUUUUUCCUGUCGCCGUCAAUAUGGGCUCUAUUUUGUCGCUACUUCAUGCAGCAGCAGUGCGUCCGACCAAGAGACUUUGAUACACAUACCCCACGGUCAUUGGGCGUCUGGCUCGGGCUCAUUACCGUCAUCAACGCAUUCAGUGUCUACCCGCAUGCGACGGAGGGGGCGUCCCAGGGGAGGACAGUUAUCUUGGACUUUAUUGGACUCAAUUAUGUGCCGUCGAAACUCCAACUCCUCUCACUUGACUUGUUCAUUAUGUGCCUCCAGAUGCUCUUGGUGUUCAUCGCGUACGAGAUCCAUGUCAUCGAGAACACGAAUUCAGUCGACACGCUACUCCCUAUACCCUCACCCUCCGAUUCGCCGACCUUGCCAUUAUCCACUAGCGCAGCGGAGUCAUUUGAUGCUCCCGAACCGUCGAAAGCCAGGACAUCCACGUCCUGCCCACACGUCAUGGAAAUAACAUUCUCUCAAUUUCUAAGACGUUUGCGGGAAACUCCUCCCAAUAAUCAAACAAACAGACGUGACGGUUUACCCAUGCCUAAUCUGACGCCUUGGUCAUUGAGAAUGAGGGCAAUGCGGACCCGAACCAGAAUUGAUUUAGAGGAAAGAAGGGAUGAGGAAGCAGCUCCUGGAACUAGGACAGUUCCAGGGAGUAUUGACAAUGGACAUGUUGACGAGUCGUUGUCGAGUGCACCGCGAGACGACGUAGAGGUCUUUCGACCAUGGUCGUUGAGGUCAUUCUUGGUUGCUUACCAAAUCACCUCUGUCGCUGUCUGCUUCGGCCCCUCUGCCUCUGCAAUGCUGGAUAAUCUUGUCCUCAUUGCCUGCGUCUGCAUUGGGAUUGCCUCUAUCAUCUACAUCUUCUACUGGAGUCGGCUGGUCGCAUGGCUCCUUGGCCUCGUCAUUCGCUUUCUCUCGUGGUCCCAAGGCGCGUCUAGCAUAUGGGUGUCAAUAGGAUCUAUUCAUUUCUCGCUGUUGAGCGGAAGGAUCCUCUUGAAAGAUAUUCGGUAUCAUUCAAGUAACCAAACGGUCAAGAUCGUCAAAUGUCAAAUUGUAUGGCGAUAUUGGGUACGGAAGCCAUUAUUGGAGGAUGGAGUCAGCUCGGCACUGGGGAGUGAAGAACGUUUCGAAUGGUUUCUGUACAACCGUACAGCUGCCUACGAGAACAUCAUAUCUCAAAUGGCGUCCAAGAGCUCAGCUUACCGCAAGACGCGCAGAAGCUCAACAGAAUGCCGCCAGUCGUUUCAAACGGAUUUCGGUACCCCGAUUCCUCCCCCUUCGUCAGUACUCGGCGCUCUCCAUCUUCGGACUCCGACUUUUCUUCAAGACGCCUUUACUUGGUUCAAGCGCCAACUUCCUACCCUAGACCCUAAGGAAUUAUUGCCCAUCGGUCUAGAUGCUACGAAAGGAGUGAUAAUAUGCGGCAACAACUCGACACCCAAUUUACUUGUGGUGGAAUUCCAGAAGGCAGAAGGCAAUCUUGGAGUAUCCCAGGCACGUAUUGAUUCGGAUAUCGUUCUGGGCUUCUAUCUAACCAUUCACAUUCAGUCGCGGUCGAAGUAUGAUUUGUAUAAGCAGUAUCUCACUCUACGUUUCCAAAACGUUCUCAUUCAGUAUACGGAAAACAAGCAAUAUGGUGACACCAUGCCUGCUAUGGGAGAAAUGAUUAGUGAUCGCGUUCAACAACACGUCAAUCUCGGUCUAUCAUCUUCGUAUAUGACAUUCCAUCGUUUUGGGAAAAUCUGGCGGAAAUUGCGUCUCUACGUGCUUAUGGCCAAGUUCAUUUUGCGGCAAAGUUCCUCCCGGCCUCAGUCCCGCGCAAAAUCCACGAGUGUGGACGAAGACACUCCCAUCGGGCCUGACUUUACUUCUAUGGAGUAUGCUAUCGAACAAAAGAUACUGGAAACGCCAUCCCUCGAAUUGUGCUACUAUGCAGACGUGGCUGGCACCGUGCCUCCGUUCUCUCAACAUCCCGAUCAAGGAGGUUUGGAUGACAUUGGCAACGGUGAUAUAGGGCCUGAAUGGGGUAUCGACCUAGUGAUCAAAGGUGGUUUCAUAUGCUAUGGACCCUGGGCAGAUAGACAGCGGGGUCACCUUCAGCGAGUCUUCUUCCCACCAACGUUCCAUGAUGCUGAAGAGACCCUUCGGUUACAACCUGGAGAUCAACGACUAUGGACAAACAUGAGAAUAUUUGUCGAACUUCGUGAUGCAACUACUCUUCAUGUUCCAUUUCGCGAAGCAUCCAAGAAUUGGCAAUGGGACGGGCUUACUGAAGUCCCCAGUCGACCCAAGAAGAGAGAACCUGCUGUGAUCCGCUUUACUGCAGGAGACAGCUCUACUGUCAACUAUAUGAUGCCAAUGAUCGCAAGUUCUCGCGGUUAUGAACCAACGUUAGAAGUGCACAUUGAUACUCUGGUGGUCACCUCUAGUUUGAAUGACAUAGAACUCGUUACCUCCGAGUCAUGUCGCGUACGGUGCGAACUACCGUCUCCGUUGAAGUGGAACGGUUCAAGAACCUGGGAUAUCGCGGUUACUCUGAGAAAACCGAUUCUGUACCUCCUACGUGAUCAUAUCACCAUGCUUAUCGACCUUGGAAAAGACUGGGCUUCGGGUCCUCCGAGCGACUUUUUCCGCUUCGUUCCGACGGUGUAUUCAUUCCAACUUGAGAUGCAUCAUUUUGAGUUGAACUUGUAUGCAAACGACCAUAAUAUCAUUGACAAGCCUCUGAUCAAAGAGGAAAAUGCAAUCCUGACGAUUCGUGGACCAUCGUUACGGAAUGUGACUACUAUCCCAUCCGAUAUUUUUCGUCCUGAAGCCACAACCAUUGCGUUCUGUGUGGAGGCGCCCAAUGCUUCUCUUACUUUGUCCUUACCUCGAUGGCACACCCAUGCUUUGCACGCUCCUGAGGACGGCAGCCAUAUAGGGGUCCUGGAUCUCCAACUAGAUGGAUCUUACAGAUAUUUCGCAGACGUCCGAGAAAAUAAUGUCGAACAGUUGAAAUUGGUCUUUUUGAUUAGGAAUGUGGCAUACAAAGUUGUAGGGUGGUCGAUUCGAUAUUUCAUGAUCAUCAAAGACAACUACUUCGGAUCCUUUACCCAUUUUUCGACCCUGUAUGAGUAUCUGGAACGAAAGGGUCUUGGCCUUCCUCCUGGGGAUCCUGUCAUGGACAAGUAUCGUAAAGGGCAUGCCAACAUGCUUCAAGUGGACAUAUUUGUGCGAAUGGACCAUGGCUGCGUGAUUUUGCCUGCUGGACUUCCGGGUUACGACAGAUCUUGCACAAUACGGAGUGGUUCGGAUGAAGUUCGUAUCGGACCGUGUCUUGUGCUACACAUUCCUGAGCUCCAACUGCAACUACGAAUGCACGAUUACUUUAUGGAUCUUUCCUUAAAUGUCGGAACCAUAACAGGCUAUAUAGAUUCAAAUUAUCCGGAGAAAGUUCUCUAUACCUCGCAGCCGAAAGCACCGAAUGUCAAGAGUGUACUUUUGAUAGAAGGUCUUGACAUCACGGCUAAUAGACUAUUUGGGCCUGUUCCGCGGACGAUCACAUAUUUUUGCGUAUGGGAAAUUAAAGUGGGCAGUAUCAAAGGCAUCUUGUCAGCUGCAGAGGCAUCGACGAUCACAGAUGCCAUUACUUCGUUUCGCGUGAACUUUUCGGACAUUGCUAACGCACCCGCAGUCGAAUAUGCUUUACCUUCUUACCCCGAUGUGACGUUCGUGAAGGUCCGCCUUUCGAGUGUUCAUGUGACCUGGAAAGCGGGCGAUGCAGCCGCUAUUAUUUCUCUACCCGAAGGUUUACGUCUGGACAAUAACAAUUUGGGUGGUCGCUUUCAUCGCCAAUUGACAAGCAUCCGCGUUCCAGUAGCAUCUGUCAAGAUGUUGCUCCAUAGUUUGUCUAAUCGUUGGCUCGAAGCAGGAGAAACGACACUCGAUGCGUACAUUGAUAUAUAUACGUCGCCAGUCAACUGGAAGAAUCUAGCGGCAGCGCAGGAAUCAUUCGUCACGGAACAAGAUGAUCUUACAGGUCGGGCAGCGAAGAUGAUGGAGCAGUUCAGGCCUUCCGACAUUGGAGAUUCGUCUCACACUUUUCCUGCGCACAGAAAUGGUGUCUGCAUUCCUCAGCCACUGAGUCGAAGCCGAGAGCGUCGUAUGCAUAGGCCUUCAUGGGGAGACAACGCAUACCGGCGUAAGAAUGCGUCUAUAUGGCCUGAUUCUCGACCUCUCUCGGAAUCAGAGGAGGAACUUGCGGUGUCUGAAGCAGAUCGUGAUGCUCGUUUGGCCCAAAGCCGAGUAGACUCUCUAAUGUCACCUGUGCGUGAGGAAGAUCAAGACAUGAGCGACGGCGACGAAUCGGACAACGAAGAUCUCACAGAUGGCGAGUCGUCUGACAGUGAUUGGUUCGAAUUGGAAGAAGGAACGUCUGAUCCUUUGUGUCGGCAAUAUGGUCGAUUUCUGCGACAUUAUGCGGCAAAAUUCAUUGACACACUUGAACUCUGGGAUCAAUCGCCCUUUGUUUCAAUCAAUUCGUUCAAGGCAGAGGCCGCGCCGAAAUAUGCACGGCCCAGAGCCCCACGGUCGUCCUCCAUACACCCGAAUGUUUUUCCAGAUAUGAUCCUCCCGCCGCUUGAUGUCGACGUUGUUGUAAACCGUUGCGUAUGCCGAAAGGGCGUUGAAAUACGUGUUACACCUCUCGUCCUACCUGUGUUGUCCCAAUUAGAGGAGGAUUGUGAGAAAAGUAAACCCAACCCAGAAUUGUGUAUCGAUUCUAUGAUGUCCGGGUAUCUUGGGAGUUUCUCCUCCAAGUCACGUAAAUAUCAGAAGCGCAUCCUUCUCGACGUAGCUGUGCCGUCUCUUCGAUUGCUCGUUUUGCGUCAUCUUGAUCACCCAUCUUCCAAUCCGACCGGCAUUAUGGGCUCGAUUGACCUUCGCUUAGCGGGAUUUUAUGCACGAGGGUUCGUCCAGAGACGAAUAGAGACUUGGACUACAGGCUUCGAUAGCCUUGGUGUCACUCUCGACACGAUUGGAAGGGUUCAAAAAAUGGAAAAGGUUUUUGCAACGAUAUCAACCUCCGACGUGGAUAUCCAUUGGGAUGGUAAACACUUGGAGGCAGAGUUUGGCUCUCCUGGCUGUGAACGUCUCUCAUCAGUGCCCCGAGCGGAAGAUACCAUCAUGGAUCCACUAUCCGCCAUCCAGCCGUUGUAUCUCAUUCAAAGCGGUAUUCCUCACCAGCUGCGAACGGAUGCCACAUUUCGGUUCUUAUUUCACUUGCGAAAUCACCUAUGGUACCUUCAAAAUGAGCGCUGGUUGGGCCUUCCAGAUUCCGAUCGCUGCAUGAAAUUGGAAGAUAUCGUGCCUGAUCUGGAAGCUCGUUUGACGAUCAUAGACCCUGAAGCAUAUCAAACGCAACACUUGGCUCUACUGGAGCCCUUAUUCCCUAGUCUACGCAAGUUCUCAGUAGCGAUCGAUACCAAAAGACUGGGACGUGCUUUCACCUCGUUCACCAUCCGGAUCUUACACGCUUGCGCUCAAGUCGAAGACCCUGAAAAUUCAAACUCUAGCGGUGUGUCCGUACGAAACUUGCUCCUGGCUGCCAAAGUACGAUAUCUCAAUUUAAUCAAUCCCCCACGCAGUCCCUCGGAGAGUGAUUCUGAUGUGUCAAUCGAACAAUAUUCACCUGAUCUCAUACAAGCAUUUUACACCCGAUUCUCUUUGGACGCAACGGUGGUGACCAUAUAUCCACACGUGGUAGGCUUUAUGCAAGCCGUCCUGCGGGUACGGCGUAUGCAAAAGUCGUUCGGUACACGUGAUCGUGGAGACGAGGAGACACGUUCACGCCGAUCAAAGGCCUCAGUCAAGCGCUCCGUAGCAACCACAAAAAUAGAGGUUGAUGCAUUCGUUCAAAGUUUUCGAGUGCAAGCCAUUGCGGCCAAUCUCACAUUUGAAUACGGUCUAAAUUCUCUUCGCUACAACUCCAACAUGAUGUUUGACAGUUCUCAGAAUAUUUCCACCAAUCACUCCCUACUAUUCACCGAUAUUUACAUCCGCGCACGCUCUCCAUCAGAAUCGUCUAUGGAAAACGAUCAAGAUGUUCUUGCUGCUCUAACGCUCAAUGGCGGCAGGUUGAAUACCAUCACUCGCCAGGAAAACACGUCAGCCAUGAAAGUUCGGCUCAUCUUUGCGGCGGACAAACUAAAUUUCACUGUCCCUCGUAGUGCUCUUCGUCUUUAUCGAUUCUUCCAGGAAUGGAGGAACGAUUUCGUUGUAGGGAUCGAGAGCUCUAUCCGAGAGCUCUUGGCCGAAUUGAGAUCCUCCGGCCGACCGACUCCAGUUGAACCUCCACCGUCAUACGCAUCUAUCCUUUUCCAAAUAAAUGGGCAUCUUGGUGCAUUUGGCGUCCUCUUACAGGUGAUGCAUGGUACUUGGUUAUCAUGGGAAAUGAACGACACAACAAUGCACAUGAGCACCACACCACUACUCUCGUCACACAGAUUAUUUGGGCUACAAAUGGGUUCUCAAAUAUUCACGGUGUCUUCCAAAUCAGAUGCUCGUGAUAUUCUACCUAAUUCCAGAGUCAAAUUGGAGCUUCCUUCUUUAUCUCUUACCGGGCGCUUUGAUGGUGCAUGCGUCAGAGCCAUCCUGCUGGCCGAGUUUCUGGAACUGAAAGUAAAACCAUCUCAUUGGGAUACCCUCAUGGCAGUUCAGCAAAAGUUCGGACAGGAUUUCAAUGAUCUGUUGGCACUGGUUCAAGAAACACGGUUAAAACAGUCCCAUUCAGCACCGCGGGAGCCUAUUGCUUCAACCUCACCCACAAAAUUCGUUAUUGCCGUAAAGAUGAAUGGUUUUCGAAUCGGCCUUGAAGGAUUAUCUUCCACGGUCUAUCUUGAGUGUAAAGAUAUCAAUGGCGGUCUUGAUGACUUGUCUGGACGUGCCUGGUUCAUGACACUUUCCGGCCUUGCGCUGUCCUUGGCACCUUUAACAUCACUUGAACCCCACAGUACUUCUUUCAGCAGAGAUCAUCGCUCGGCUUUCGUUACUAUAGACUUCAAAGUUGUGUCAAGGAGCCAAACGGACCAGACUUCUCUUGGUGACAUGCUACAGAUAUCCGUAACCAAGAUCCAUGCAGUCAUGCAACCCAGUUCUAUUGGUGAGAUAGGAGAUUUUAUUGAUGAGAUGCAGGCUGAGAUGUCUGUGCGGAGAGAGCAGCGUGCUCAUGAACUUGCUGCUUUCAAGCAAAAAACCCAGAGCAUCUUGAAGAGCUUCGACGUCAAGGUUCAUGACCUAGAAGUACGAUCAUCCUGGCUCGACAACUAUAGUAUUGAUGUGAACGUCAAUCAUAUCGGGGUGGCUUUUCCUCUUACGCACGAUGAACAACUUCAACUACCAAAAUCAGGCAGUCACGAUUCUAGUGCUGUUCGUGCUUUCCUCUUUUCCAUUGAAUCCCUAAAAUUUGGAACCGAACGUGGAGUUACUGGCGAAGCUCACAUGAAAAACUGCUCUUUCCAGUUUGUUCAAAGUUUCCACCAAUCACUUGCAGGCGAUUUUUCUGGUUCAUCACAUCAAACCCGAAAUCGUCUUGUGUACCCGGAAAUGACUGCCUAUGUCAGGUCCUCAGGUUCCGAAACGUCUCGUCAGAUUACCUUGAAGGCCAAUGUCAGUGGUUUUAUCCUUGACUUGGAUUCAAAUAUUCCGGAUUAUAUUUUUUCCUUGGUUGACGUCUACCGACAAGGCGAGGAGCGCGUCGCGCAGCUGUCAAACAGUUCACAACGUCUAUCUCCAUCCUCCCCUUCCCGCCUUGAUGCAGCGAAAGAGUCAUUUGAACGACGAUCCACGGCCAUUCCAACCUCGGCUUUCUGCGGCUCACUUACAUUUUUGAGCGGCAAAGUGCGGGCAUAUAGCGCGACUGCUUCCAAAUUGUCUCGAGCUAAGGCAUUCACCAAGGGACCAUAUAAUCCUACCGACGAGCAGGUCCUAGGAUUGGGAGCAGAAAUAUUCCGCCUUCCUGUGGUCUCCGUUUGGACGGAAUAUCGAGCAACGCCAACAUCCCAGAAACUCCCCACAACCACAGGUGAUACAGAAGCAUCAAUUUUAGUAUUCAAAAGCACGGUUCACUCAAGCCAAAAUACUCUCAGGCCAACGCUCUUGCCAUUUUUAACGGAAUUGAUCGGCCGCAUAGAAAGCCGACUACGGGAAUCUAGUCGUCGAGAAACACUGUCGCCGACAUCAAGCUCCCUUGUCGCUCCUCGUCCGGCUACGUACGAUACCAAUUCAUCGUCAAGCAUGCAGAUAAGUUUCAGUCUGCGGAUAGACCAAUCUAGAUUGGAAUUGACUUGCAAACCGGAUGUCAAUGUCAUCGCUGGUUUGCAUUGGGAUAGCGGGGGAUUCGUCGUCAAUGUGUCUCCUCGUGCCCACAAUGUGACAUUCACCGGAACGGUAGGCGGUCUCACUGUUGGUUUGCGACAUGGCUUCUUGACCGAAGAUUGCGUCAAUCUGGAUGCCCGUAAUCUUGCAUUUUCGGUUACCUUCUCCAAGCUGAAUGUUGAUGAGACAAGGUCCAUCAGUUCUGUGUCCCUUGUAUUGGAUACCGAGUUCCUCGGCGGCGUACGCUUUUCUCGGCUUCAGGACGUACUUUGUUUCAAGGCCGUUUGGCUUGAUCGGCUUCCUAUGUUCAAUGGGAAGCCAAGUGACGAUAUCGUCAAUGCGGCUCCGAAAUCGAAUCCUGACACUCCCGUUACGGCACAUCGACAAGAAUAUGUCACCAUCAUUCUCCUUCGGAUACGUCAAAUCAAGUUAGAUGUCGAUCUGGGCCAAUCCAUUAGUACUGUCAUUCUUGAUCUCAAAGAUUCCAUUCUACGCACAAAAUUAACUGAAGCCACUCACGAGCUCUCAUUAUCUGUCGGAGAUGUCAUCGUUACGGCUAAAGGAAACGUUGCCGGCAAAGCCAAUGUAUCCAAUUGCGUAUUCCAGACUAUACGCCGAAUCGAGAACCACAUCGAUGACGCUGCCCACAGCCGCAUGUUGGAGCUCAGAAUGACAAGUGGCCCUUUUGUUGUAGUUCUGGAAUCAGAGCACCAGAGGCUAUUGCACUAUAGAGCGGAGCCUAUCGAAAUUGAGGUCUUCGACGACUGGUCACAGAUUCUGUCGCAUUCGGAGGCAUACAAUCGUCCACUCAGUCUAUCAUUCACCGUAGUCAGCCCCGAAAUUGUUGCCGUCAUUACAGUUGGAACCAUUCCGAAAAUCCUGGCAUACGCGAAGAAGUUCAAUGCGAAUCUAGAUGCCCAGCAGGAGGGUGCUAGUCGAGACUCCAAAACUUUCUCUGCCAGUCGAACCACCCAGCCAAAUAAUGCACUGUCUGCCGUUGCUGAGGCGAUGUUACAUACUGCGCGCAACCGCCUCAGUGAAGUAGAGGCUGGUAUAUCGUACAUCAUCCGUCAACACAUGAGUCUACGACUUGAUUUAUUACGUCUCGUCCUGUUUCCAAGGACUAUGGAUGACCUCGAAGCCGCUCAGUUCAUUGGCCGAAACAUCCGUGCGCGUCUGGAUCGUCUCAUUCAGGCGGAUAAGCCAUCUAAGAGGGACAUAUUUCUCUCAUUCACAUCCAUGUCAAUCUCUCGGUUCACUCAGCUAGCGGACAACAACGAAUGGUUAACAGGCCUUUUGAAGGAUGCGUCAGAAGCCACCAUUGUGGGUCUUCCAUCGAUGACUAUGCACAUGGUCAGCAAGGAGAUGCAAGAGGGCUCCAACAAGGUACUCGACUAUGAUUUCCGAAGUGUUUUCGUUCGUCGUACAGGGAUGCGGGACUUCGAGGAUAUCUAUAUCACUCUGAACGUUGGCCUCUAUUCAUGGCUCACCGUUCAAAGAAAAAACUUGACGAGAGAAAUGGAUCAAGUUCGAACAGCUGCAGAGUGGAGGAGUACGCUUACUGCGCCAGUUAAUAUUGCAUCAACUCGCAGGAAGGUUGUCGAUACUCCAGACGUUCCUCGUUCGGCGACUGUUCCACGACCUGCCAGGUCACCAUCUCCCUCGACUGCAGCCCGGUCAGCUUCGGCGGCUACCCCUAGUUUCGCUCCACCUCUAAACGUUCAAAGUACCUCCGCACCCCUGACCGCCGACGAGGAUGUGGACACGUCAGCGGCAGUCUCACUCCCACGAGCACCGCACAAGGAAAUCAUUUAUCGACAUCAUGACAGAUUUAUCGAACGCCUGACUAUGCGCCAACUCGGCGAUGCAACGCCUGAUGUCAUGCAUCCAUUCUUCAUGAAAAAGGCUGGGUUCAGUUUGGAAGAUUCUCUUCCACAAUACGUACAUGAAUAUGCCACUGCUCCUUUGGAGCAGAUCAUGGAAGCUUUGCUCAAAUUGUAUAGUAGGCAGCUUCUAGACAGAGGAGAUUCAGUUUAA